GCUUCUCCAUUUCCCCAAUCUGAUUUCUCCAUCCAGCUCUUGCACCGCCAGCUCUUGCACCGUCGAGCUCUUCUACCGCCGAGCUCUUGCACCGUCGAGCUCUUCCACCGCCGAGCUCUUCCAUCGCUAGUUCCCCACCACAACAGUAGACUCCCGUCCUCCGCCACCGACCCUCAACAAGCAAAAUCAGUCCAAGAGGUUGGGGCAAAUUAGAGAUAAAACUUGUCGAUGCUUUAAUAAUUUGAAUGAUACGAUUUUGGGCCUUAACUCUAGAAGCAUUAAUGGCAAACUUGCCUCCGCCAAGGUUUACGAGCUUCUAAGAGUUAAAGGGAUCCCUAGGACUCCGAUGAGUUUCAUUUGGAAAUCUUAUAUCCCCCCGAAAUUUUCAUUUAAUGUUUGGUUGGCUUUGAGGAACCGGUUGCCUACCCAAGAUAGCCUCGGUUAUCUCGAUAUGGUUAAUAGAUGUGACUUGUGUAAGGGUGGAUUGGAAUCAAUUCCACACCUAUUCUUCCUAUGUCCAUUUACUUGUAGGGUAUGGGGCAAGAUUCGAGAAUGGAUGGGAUUUGGGCAUCAAAUGUCUACAUUGCUUAGCUCAAUCAAAUGGAUUUCGAAGAAGCACAAAGGAUCAACGUUGAAAGCAAAGGCGGCCCGAAUUGCUCUAUGCGCCGUGGUGUAUUACAUAUGGCAUGCAAGAAAUGAGAUCCGCUUUGAUGAUGGCAAGAAGACUGAGGAGGACGUUAUAGCCAAGAUUAAGCAUAUCGUCUAUAAGAUACUCUAUAGUAUCUAUCCAUAUGAAUUGAUAAACUUUUGAGUGGGCCAAAAUCAAGUGGGAGGCCACGAUAUGUAUACCGCGGUAUGGUCACACUGUACACUGCGUCACUGCGACAUGGAUUUUCUGGAUGCCGUGGCAUGGACCUAUUGGAUGUCGCGGCUUGGGCACAUGAGAUACUGCGGCAUAGACAUCUUGGAUUACGCGGCAUGGAGCAGUAUUUUGGACUUAGGGUGUGUGCAACUUGCAAUACCUUUGUAUUUUGUUAUAUGAUUUGAACCUUAUGAUCUGUGUGAGUGCAUGUGCAGCAUUGAUGUAUAUUUUUGAAUUUUGAUGGGACAAGUAUUCAUACUUGGUCCUUUUGGCGUAGAUUAGAUCGAAUAAAAACCUCCUUUCAUCCCUAC